CUGACGGCUGCGCCGUUCUGCCCAUGUGGGCAAUUGCUGACGGUACGCGGCGGAAUGCUGAAGAUGGGGAUCAAAUGCAACGACAGAGGCGACUGGGCCGCACACCAAGAGUGCCAUUCUACCGCUGGCAGGUGACGUUACUUGAGCAGCAAUAUCAACGUCACAAUUAUCUCAGUACCACAGCAAUCUCUGAGCUAGCUGCUAUGUUACAGCUAUCAUACAACAGGGUCAAAAUUUGGUUCCAAAAUCGGCGGGCGAAAGAGCGACGUAAAGAAGAGAUAAAAAGGAUACAGCAAGAAGGAAAUGAUUAUAACAGAAGUAUGAGCACAGUACACCAUCAACCACCGGUGACUGAACAGUGUCUCACAGAUUCUGAAUAUAAGCAUAUUGCUAGUGCUGUGUGA